ACAGCUGUUUUUACUUAGGCUGUGGUAGCUUCUGAAUAGAAACUGCUCUACUAACUUUACAUCCCAACAAACUUUUCACAAGAUUACAAAUGCAACAUCUACCACAUCAUCUCAUCCAUCUUGCUGUUUCUCCAAACGGCUACAGCUCCCUACAGAGUGGGGAGGUUGAUUAGCCAAUUAGCACACCCCGUUUGCAGGUGUGGCCGCUCAGUUUAAUCUGGUGCAGGUUGUGUGGUCAUUCUAAAAUAGGUUCUGUGUGGGUGUGCUGGCUCAUAAAUAUCCUAAAUCAAACCUUCCUUCUGAGAGGUCGAUUUCAGAAUUCACUUUCUGACUUUUCUCCACAGUGAGGGUAAAGUGUCACUCAUUUAUUCAGUGUCAUAUAUAAUUACAUCUAAAAUAAAUGGGAGAUCUAGGCUCAAAGCAGAAGAAAGACGGAGUUCAAACAGUGGGGCUUCAGACCUGACUCAGUAAUGCCUGAACGAACUCCAAAUGAGUUGUUGUCAAAAAAGGAAUGAAAUGCGUCCCUAUGGCCUAAGGAGGAGUAUUCGAUGUCCUCAGAAAUAUGGGGAGACGACUAAAGAGAGGAAAUACAUGGUGGCCCCAGCUACUCAUUUGGACUGUCUGUGUGAGCAGAGUGAAGCAGACCCCCAGAAACCCCUGGAUGACAGAUAUAUAAGAAACGCUGCCGUUCUUCCUGAUUUCAAUCUGCCCCACAGAGGCCUCACUGAAGAAGAGAAGACCUCCGUCAGCGUGUCAAACACCCAGCCGGGCCCUCUGAUGAUCCACGGCUUCACAGUGCCAGAGUUCCAGCAGACGUAUCGCUCCGUGGUGGACCCUCUGCUCUUCAGGCCCUGCGGGAAGCUCGCAGCCUACAGUCUGGAGCGGGGCCGUAACAUAAAGGACCGUCUGUUCCAAGAGCUGGCCUACCCCACACUUCAAAUCUCAGAGCAGCAAAAUGGAAAGCUGGAGGUGAUGGAGAGGUUUUGUGUGCUCCGCCCGACACCUUUCAUAGAUAUUGAAAGUAACGGGGAACCUCAGUGAUAUCCUCCUGCUGAGUUUUGUGUGAUUAUGAGAAAUGCUCUUUCCUGUUGUGAGCCAUCAUUUUUCUUUUUAUGUCACUUGAUACUUUAUUUAUUAAGAUUUAGUUUUCCUUGAAAAGUUGUGGCAGAUGGAUUGAUAUCUAAAAUGUGUGUUGAAAAAAUUUAAAUUGUUUGACAUUUACAAUAAAGCUCCUCUUUAAAGCAUUUUCAAAAAAUACAAACAAUGCAAGACCAAUUAAACCAACAUCUGUGAAUGCUGUAUUUUUUUUGGGGUGGGGGGGCUUUAUCUAUCUGCCUAAAGUAAGUCCAGGGUUCUCAAAAGCACUUAUUUGUUAUGAGCAUUAUCAUCCCCUGAUCUAAAAACUGUUAAUGUUUAAUAAUGUAAACUAAUCCAAAGGCCAAGGACAUGUUUCUGUAAGCUUAAAAAGUGAUCAUAAUGGAACAUAUUCAUUAGAAGCUUUAACCUUUAGAGAACUAAAGUUACUAAAAGGCCUCUGAAGGGUUCAGGUUAUACUUCUUAAUAUCAGCACUCUACAUGUGCAGUAGAUCUAGGGAAAAGUGUACAAACUAAGAAAGUACACAAGAAUGAGUCAAACUAAACUACAUCAAAAGUCCUUAGUCAACCAAUGCAAUAUUUGUUAAAUAAAUUGAGUGGAAGAAAUACAAUUGGUAUCCAAGCCAUUCAUUUGGCUCCAUCUAGUGGCCACUUGGAAUUGGCGUUAUUCCAAUCUAGUCAUUUGCCUUAA